AACUGCAAUUGGAAUACGCCAAAAAAUGGCGUCUGAAUUGUGAUUAUCAAUAUAAAUAGAAUUAAUUAAAAAUAAAUAAAAAUGUAUAUAUCCACUCUUCGUCAUUUGUUAAAUGUUAUUUUCAUUAUUAUUACUGCAAAAACAUGUACAUGUGAUCUGCCUCCCCCUGUAUCGUCUCUCUACCUGUACAGUCCGGGGGAGGUGGAGUACACAGAUGUUCUAGUGAGGAGGCUCGAUGACAACCUCACACUAGUAUGUGAACAGCGAGGGGACAGUACCCCACGAGUUCAUGUGUGGAACUUUGUGCCUGCUAAUGCAACUGGUGAUAGGACACUAUUCACAGUGGAGCCCCAAGGGUUGACACUGAGCAGCACACUGACCAAACUGGAGCUGCAGGCGAGCGACAGUGGACACUACAUGUGCUCGGCGCCACCCUUCAGUGUCACCAAGUAUAUACUGGUGCAGACUCAAAGCGGCCGGCAGUGCGCUCGGGGCGCGUUCUCGUGCGGGGCGCGGUGCGUGCUGCCGGCGUACGUGUGCGACGGCCGCGCCGACUGCCGCGCCGCCGAGGACGAGGACGAGGUCGUGUGCCGGCCGCGGCCCUGCGCGCGCCCCGACCGCCUCAACUGCUCCUCCGGCCGCUGCGUGCCGGCCGCCGCCUGCUGCGUCCCCCGGGAGGCGGGGGGGGCCACGCCCGGGCCCCUCUGCAGGCAGCCCGCCUGCUGCGACGAGCACCCCAGAUACUCGCGGCUGGAAGGGUACAUGGAGGUGGAGUACCCGCCGCUGUACGAGGACCGGCACGCCCCCGACGACUACGGGUUCAUACAGUCCACCAUCUACACGGUCACAGCGUGCGCGCUGAUAUUCAUGAUCGCGGUGGUGCUGCUGGUGUCGGCCAUCUGCAAGAUGCACAUGAAGCGCGCCGCGCUGCGCAGCUAUGCGCACGCAGACCGCACCACGCGCCGCCACUACGGACUGCACUACGCGCAGGUGGGCGGCGUGUUCCCGCCGUGCUACGAGGCGGCCCGGCUGCUGGACGCGCGCCCCCCCUCCCCCGCCGCCGGACCCCCGCCCUCCGACAGCUCGCUCGCACAGUGUGAAGCCGUGUGCGCGUCACCUCCCACGCCGGGGUCUCCGGCCCACGUGACGCUCGGUAUCCCCGGGGCCCCCGGGACCCCCGGGACCCUCGAGCCCUCGGUGGGAGGGUUUGGACUCGCGCGACUCUCCUCUAUAUUCUCCUCGCGAUACCGACAGGUGCCGACGCAGUGCUGCGACGUGGAGAUGACGUCAGUGGUGCGGGGCGGGGGCUCCCCGCGCCGCGGCCGGGCUCCGGCCCCGGCCCCGGCCUGCUGCGAGCUGGACUCCGCGGAGUUCUACUUCACGGACCCGCGCGCCGGGGACUGCGGCCGGGACCUCAACUACAUGGCCGCGCCCGUGGAGCGAGACAGCCUGCGGCGGAGGCCCAUAACUCUGCAGGUGGGCCGGUUCCAGCUCAGCAUCCCGCGCCUGGGCCGGCCCGAGCGCCGCCCCGACACGCCCGACGUGUGCGAGGGCGCGGCCGGCCCGGGACCGGUGCGGCUCUGCUCCGACGACACCUACACGCUCAACGGCCGCACCAUCCGCCUGCUGGGCGCCGACUUCGAGGACUACCCGCGCCGCCCGCCGCCCUACGCGGACGCCGUGCGGUACAAGCGCUGCGGCCCCCCGCCGCAGUACCUCAGCCGGGACGGCCUCCACGCGGCCGCCGCCCCCCUCCACGACCACCGCGCGCGAGACAACGUCGAGCUCCCGCCCGACUACGCCGACCUCGACGCCAACCACAACCCCCCGCCGGACGCCACCCGGGGCUCCACACACACCGCCGGCGCGGACCCGGUCGAAUCCAUCCGGGCGGUCAUGGACCACCUGCCGGCCAUAGACUGUGACCUCAACGCCAACGAGACCCCCGAGAACGUCGACGACGAAGUGACCCUUAACGGCAAUUAGCCGUUUAUUGGACUCUAAACGCCCACGCUUCUGUUGUUAAUUCGACACCUCGUGAGGAGUUCGAGUAUUACGUAAGCACUAUUGGGGGGUGGAGAGAAUCUGAUGAUUACGUCAUCGUAGUCAUUUACUUUUUUCACGAAUG